GAAUGACCAGGAAUUUGUCUACGGGAAUCUUGAACACGACACGCCAGUUUUGCUGUCUCUGUCCAGAUAUUUAAGAAGUGGAGCAAGGCAUUCACUUGAUCAUCCUUCCUGCUCAGACUGUGGGGAGGGAUUCACUUGAUCAUCUGACCGACUGACAUGCCCGUCAUUUUACACAGGGGGGAACCCGUUCAUCUGCUCAGACAGUGGGAAUGAAUCAGUCGGACAUUUCAACUGAAGGUACAUAAGCAAGUUUGCACUGGGACAAGGCCAUUCACCUCUUCUGUGUGUGAGAAGGGAUUCAGUCGGUCUUCUCACCUGUGGACACACCAGUCAGAUCACACUGGGCAGAGGCUGUUCAUCUGCUGAAUUUCUGGGGAAGGAUUCACUCAGUCAUCUGACCUAAUGGCUCACCCGCGAGUUCGCACUGGGGAGAGGCUAUUCACCUGCUCAGACUGCGGGAGGGGAUUCACUCGGUCAUCCGACCUACUGGUACACAAGUCAGUUCACACUGGGGAGUGGCCAUUCACCUGCGCAGACUGUGGGAAGGGAUUCAGAUCGUCAUCUGAACUGAAGGUACAUCAGCGAGUUCACACUGGAGAGAGGCCAUUCACCUGCUCAGACUGCGGGAAGGGAUUCACUCAGUCAUCUCAUCUGAAGGUACAUCAGCGAGUUCACACUGGGGAGUGGUUGUUCACUUGCUCAGACUGUGGGAAGGGAUUCACUUGCUCAUCCCAACUGAAGGUACAUCAGCGAGUUCACACUGGGGAGAGGCCAUUCACCUGCUCAGUGUGUGGGAAGGGAUUCAUUCUGUCAUCUUACCUACUGACACACCAGUCAGUUCACACUGGAGAGAGGCCAUUCACCUGCUCAGACUGUGGGAAGGGAUUCACUAAGUCAUCUAAUCUGAAGGAUCAUCAGAGAGUUCACACUGGAGAGAGGCCAUUCACCUGCUCAGACUGUGGGAAGGGAUUCAUUCAGUCAUCUAAACUGAAGGUACACCAGCGAGUUCACACUGGAGAGAGGCCAUUCACCUGCUCAGUUUGUGGGAAAGGAUUCACUCCGUCAUCCGGGUUACAAGCACACCAGUCAGUUCACACUAGGGUGUGGCCAUUAACCUGCUCAGACUGUGGGAAAGGAUUCACUUUGUCAUCUCAACUUAAGGUACAUCAGCAAGUCCACAAUGGGGACAGUCCGUUUACCUCCUCAGACUGUGGGAGUGGAUUCACUCAGUCAUCUAAUCUGAAGGAACAUCAGCGAGUUCACUCUGAGGAAAGGCCGUUCUCCUGCUCAGACUGUGGGAAGGGAUUCACUCAGUCAUCUGACCUUGUAAUACAAUACCGGGUUCACACUGGGAGAAACUUUCAAUAAGCUGCAUGCUGGAUAUUUAUCCAUCACCGUUGCUGAUGCAAUUUCGAGAGUGACUGUCGGUGCUGAACUCUGCAAUUAUUGCUGCUGCUCACCACACCCAGUUCUGCACCCUGGUCACUGGGCAUGGGAGGAGUUUCAUCUGCCGCAUAUUCACCUUUAAUGGGACUGGAGUUUAAUAUUCUGGAUCUGAGACAAAUAAACCAGUUCUAUUUUAAACACUGUCUAUGGUACUUAGUGAACUUAUAACACACCUGGUGUACAGUAGAGAGUCAACUCAGGCCGGUUGGACCCUGCCAGUGAUUCAGUUCCACAACAGUCCUUUUAAAUCCUCCCCUGUUGUUCACCUCUCGCUCUCCCUGUGUUUAAUGGUUCCAAACAAUCACCACUCUGUGGGUGAAGACGUUUCCCUUGAACUUUCUGCAGACUGAAGAAGUCGAGGAGAAGGGAAUCAUCAGUGGGGCGUGGCAAUGAAUGACCGAGUAACAACACUUGGAAGCUGAUUGACAGAGAAAAUCUUUCGGUUGUCUGACUGAUGACACAAACAAUACCCAUGGUGAGGUGCUCCACUGGUCGAGGAACAUGUGUGUGUUCGGGAACGUUUUAAUCUAUUGACUGUUGUGAUUUUAUUUUUCACAUGUGUUAUUUCUCUUCCUCCUUCUAUCCAAGGUAGUGUUAAUCUAAGUGGGUUUGAGUGUAAAUAGACUUUUCUAAACUUUUCUAAAGUUCUUAUUUAUCUUUGUAAAUUUUACUGAUUGAAAUGGGACCAAGAUGUUUUUAUAUAAAAACAAAUCAAUGCCGGUAUUGAUGAAAGUGUUUAUUGCCUUUGUUGUAUUUGUUAACUAUUGAGCUCUGUUUGGCAGGUUAUUUUAAGGCCUUGAACUAAAUUUUGUCAAAGGUUUUCCCUAUUUUGACCUACUUUCUAUUUUCUUUGCUUGUUGAUAUUCCAGAUAUGUGGGUAUCAAGAGUCCCGAUGAAGGGUCUUAGCCUGAAAUGUUGAUUCCCAUCCAUAGAUGCUGCCUGACAUGCUGAGCUCCUCCAGCAGUUUGUGUGUCGUUCUCUAGAUUUCUAACAUCUGCAGGUCCUCUUGUUUCCCAGAUACUUAUGUUUCUUGAAAGAACAAGCCAAGAACAAGCUGGUAGUGGUGUUGUGUGGAUCUGUUGGUAAAAUAUUAAAUAAAAUUCUGGAAAGAGGUGGCAUAGGGUUGGAAGGUGUAGAAUCUGUGGGUAGAAUUAAGGAAUAGCAAAUGUAAUAAAAAAAUCCCGGAUGGGAAUUGUAUAGAGACCUCCAAACAGUAGUAAGUAUGUGGUCCACAAAUUACAAUGGGAGAUAGAAAAUGCGUGCCAAAAGGGCAAUGUUACAAUAGUCAUGGGGAAUUGUCAUGCAGGUGAUGAGGAGA